AUGUCCACUUUAUCUACAACAUCAUCUACGAGUAGAAUAAACGACUCGGUACUGAGGAUAUACACUACAAAGAAUUCUAUUGUACAUGAUCUGAAUUUGUGUGGGAUACUUGAAGAAACAGCGAGGCGUGGAAUUUCAUUCGAUGAAUUACUCACCAUCCCUGAACAGGAUGAAUGGGUUUAUAGUGACGGGAAAUCAACAUCAUGUGUUGCUUUCAUCCUUGCAAUGUACAAAGCCGCUGGUGUAUUCGGCCCUCUCGCUAAUCACAUUCAAGUCAUUGAAUUCACUAUCCGAGAUGCGUACACUCCGAAGUUAUUUGAGUCUAACCAGACUCGACUACCGAGUUGGUGCAACACAGAGGAAGAGAAGCUUGACUUCUGUCAUAUUCUAGUUUUGGCUGGGUCCGCUACUGCUUGGUCUCAUACUCCACCGUCAGGGUUGGACGAAUUUAUCAUAGACGGGAACGAUGAUAGCUUCACGAGUCUCGGAUCUUACCGGGAUCCUUCUCGACUAAUCUUUCUAAACUUCCAAAACUUUGAACCAAACUACGUCUAUCAACUUCUCAAAAGCCAACUCCACGAUCAUGUCUUGUCCGAACAAAUAGCUUAUCAACGGCUAAGAAGUCAAAGUUCUGAAUUGCCACAACAACCUAUAUCCAUGAGAGUCACCGUCAAAUUGACACAGAAGGUAUACGACGUUGUGUCUUGUAGUUCUGCUCCGUCUACAACAGAUUUGGGCAAAGAAGAAGAAUCGGAGACAUGUGCCAUCUGUUUGGAGAAUCUGUUGAGGGGAUCAAAGGAUUACCGACAAAUGCCUAAUUGUUCACAUUGUUUUCAUGAACAAUGUGUCACUAAGUGGUUGGUUCCUCAAAAUAACUCUUGCCCUCUCUGUCGCCGACCUAUUAAAGGAGUGGAUACAGAAGGUAGGAUCGACGAUCCCCAUGCUUUAGCUAUUCCAUGA